AUGACUCCCGGAGAGCGACACGGGCCCCGAGUCAAAAACUGGUCUCAGCAGUUGUUAGACAAAUAUCUGAAGACGAGCCUUAACUGCGGCGUUGCUAAGAACGCGAUACUCUUCAUCGGCGAUGGAAUGGGCGUCUCGACUCAAUUCGCUGCCAGGGUCAUGAAAGGUCAACGCGACGGGCAAUCUGGAGAGGAGGCGUUUCUUGACUGGGAGACAUGGCAGCAUUGCGGAUUCGCCAAGACAUACAACACCGACUAUCAAGUCCCGGAUUCGGCCGGCACCGCAACAGCAUACCUAUGCGGUGUAAAGGCCAAACAAGGAACCGUUGGCCUCGACGACACGGUGGUUAAGAGAGGCGACUGCGGUUCGUCAGCGUUGGCAGAGGUCUCUUCGAUCGCUGCCUGGGCGCAGGCUGAAGGAAAAUCAACAGGACUAGUAACGACUUCUCGUGUUACCCAUGCAUCUCCGGCGGCGCUGUUUGCUCAUGCUGCCGAGAGGAACUGGGAGGCUGGCGCGGAUAUCAAGGGCGAAUGCAGAGACAUUGCCCUGCAAUUGAUCGAGGACGAUCCUGGCAAGCAGCUAAAUGUGAUAUUGGGCGGCGGUAGAGAAAAAUUUACGCCUGACACCGUCGCUGACGUGGAGUACGAGGGAACGUUCGGAGAUCGGAUAGAUGGCAGAAAUCUAAUAGACGAGUGGAUAGAGACGAAGCAAGGCAGCGGUCUAAGGCACCACUACGUCUGGAACGUCGACCAACUGAACGCCACUGACAUUGAGAACACUGACUACUUACUUGGUAUGUGA